ACUGGCGCUGAGAGCCCCAAAUCCUGCAGUUCUGACCCCAAAUCCUGCAGUUCCAACCCCAAAUCCCACAUUUCCAACCCCAAACCUGCACUUCCAGUGCCGGGAUCCAUCCCCGAUCCCCCCCGGAGCCGGGACCCCCGGAGCAGCUUCCUGAGACCGGAUUUGUCACCGAGGGGUCACUCCCGGCUCCGAGCUCCCGGCGCUCCCGCUCCGAAUCCCGGGAUGGAGCCGCUGGCUCCCGUCGCCCUCCUGGCCCUGCUGGGGCUGGCCCUGCUGGGGCUGGCACUGGGACAGCCCGACCCCGCGCUGGACCGGCACUGGGAGCUCUGGAAAAAAACCUACGGGAAGGAAUAUCAGCCCCAGGAGGAUUUUCUGCGUCGCCUGACGUGGGAGAAGAACCUGUGGCUGGUGACCCUGCACAACCUGGAGCACUCCCUGGGGCUGCGCUCCUACACGCUGGCCAUGAACCACCUGGGGGACAUGACCAGCGAGGAGGUGGCGGCGUCGCUGACGGGGCUGCAGCUCCCUCCUCGCCCCCGUCGGAAUUCCGCGUCCCAGCCGCGCUCCCGGCGGGCCGGUGACAUCCCCGAGGCGCUGGACUGGCGGGACAAGGGCUGUGUGACCGAGGUGAAGAACCAGGGCGCCUGCGGAGCCUGCUGGGCCUUCAGCGCCGUGGGAGCGCUGGAAGCGCAGGUGAAGCUGCACACCGGGAGUUUGGUGUCGCUGAGCGCCCAGAACCUGGUGGAUUGCUCGGGGAUGUACGGGAACAAGGGCUGCGCCGGCGGCUUCAUGACGGAGGCGUUCCAGUACAUCAUCGACAACGGCGGCAUCGAGUCCGAGGAGUCCUACCCCUACACGGCCCAGAACGGGACGUGCCGUUACAACGCCUCCGCCCGCGCCGCCUCCUGCUCGCGGUUCCUGGUGCUGCCCGAGGGCGACGAGGCCGCGCUCAGGGAGGCCGUGGCCACCGUGGGCCCCGUGGCCGUGGCCAUCGACGCCACCCUGCCCAGCUUCUUCCUCUACCGCUCGGGGGUGUUCGAUGACCCGCAGUGCUCGCAGGAGGUGAACCACGGCGUGCUGGUGGUGGGCUACGGCUCCCUGGAGAACAAGGAGUACUGGCUGGUGAAGAACAGCUGGGGUGUGCGCUUUGGGGACGCGGGAUACAUCCGCAUGGCCCGGAACGCCUCCAACCUCUGCGGCAUCGCCAGCUACGCCUCCUACCCGCUCAUCUGACCGGCCUCCGCUUUUCCAUGGAUUCAUCCCUCCAGGGAUCUCUCCUUCCCCUUCCAGGGUCUCCUCCUGGAUGGAUCCGGGGGCUGUGGGGGAAUGCUGGGCGUGGGAAGUGGGAAUGUUGUUGAUGGGCAUCCGGGGAAUUCUUUUUUUGGGGGAGAAAAUCGGGGGUUUGGGAGUAAAAUUGUGAUUCCUGCAAGGAUUGGCCGCAGGGAUAAGAGGGGUGAGGUGUGGGAAUCACAAGGAUCACAGGGAUCACUGGGAUUGGGUACUGGGAUCACUGGGAUCACUGGGAUUAGGUACUGGGAUCACUGGGAUCAUAGGAAUCAGUUAC